CCGGCGACAAGGAUGGCGGAGUCUACGGAAGUGAUCUCGUCCUGCCUGAACCUCAUGCGGCGACUGCCGCCGAAGGACAUCGAGAACAGCCUAGAGGGACUCCUGAACCUCGUCCCGCAAGUUACGGAUGAACUACUGCAACGGGUCGAUCAGCCGCUUCAAGAAGCGACAGACCCAGAGACCGGUCGACGCUACCUGCGGUGCGAGUACAACCGUGACGCGAGCUCCUACCGCAGCCCGUGGAGCAACAAGUACGACCCGCCCAUCGAGGACGGUUUCACUCCCGGGGAUCGCCUGAGACAGAUGGAGGAAGACGCCAACAUGCUCCUGGACGCCUACCGCGAGGUGUACUUCUCCGGGGGGGUGAGCUCCGUGUACCUGUGGGAGGAGGAGGCGGACGGCGAGGCCGACAACGCCACGGGGGCUGCGGGGAGCUUCGCGGGGUGCUUCUUGAUCCUGAAGCGCGUCGGCGGGGACGGGGAGGAGGGGCCGGUAGGGGCCUGGGAGAGCUCGCACGUUGUCCAGGUCGUGUUGAGCAAGAAGAAUCCGACGCAAGCGACGUACAAGGUCAACACCACGGUGAUGCUUUCGGUGGGCCCGGAGGACGAGGCCGUCGGGGCGACCAGCCUCUCGGGCAACCUGGCUAGGGAAAAGGAGGAGACCAAGACCUUCUCGACGGACAGCGACCACCUCCAAAACCUGGGCGUGAUGAUCGAGGCGAUGGAGAACACGCUCAGGAGCGACAUGGACGGCCUGUACGUGCAGAAAACCAGACAGAUCGUCAGCAGCGUGAGAAGCACCCGAGGGGCUUCGGCUGCCCGCCUGCAGAGCCCGUUCGCCGCCCAGCUGCAGGGGGCGGUCGGGCAGCACGGGGCGAGGCGUCAAGGUGGCGACCUGAUGAGCGCCCUCAACGCCAAGCUUGGGGUACCGCCGUCGUGAUGUGUGUCGUUUUUGCAUGUGUACGGUGCGGAUAGCCGACGACGGACCGUGUGCAAGCUGGUGUUUGUUUUGGUUUUCGUGCCUUCUUGUUGGCUACUCAUGCAGUCCCCUGGGCUCAGCUAGAUCGAAGUUAGUGUUUUUUUGGUUUCCGUGACUUUCUCCCCUGCUCGUUGGUUUCCCUGGGUUGGGCAAGAUCGUCUGCUGCUGGGUGUAGCCUGGGCGUGUAGUCUAGCCGUGUCAUGGGCGCUCGAACCUAGUCUCCGAGGGCUGAGCAAGACCGUGAGUGUAGCCAAGGGGUGAAAGCUGGUCGUAUCGUGAAUGUUCGGACCGUGCUUAAUCUCUUGGUUCCUCGAGUUUUUUUUUUUUUUUCUGGCUUUCUGUUGGGAUUUUACGAGGGCCUUUGUUCUGGGUCUGCGGUUGUCCCCCGUGCCUGCUAGGGGUGCUAGCCUGGUAGGUGAAGCUUGGUCUUCCGCUAUUAUUCCGCAAAAGUAGACCGGCGGCGGGUUCAGGCUGUUGUUCGGGCCCACCACCUAGAGAUCGGUGUGGCAUAACUUGUAAUGCUAUUUCCCUGCUGUCGUAUUUUUGAAAGCCACUGCUGAGUACUUAUGUUGAACCCUUCAAGAGCCCGUCCGUAUUCGCAGACGCCGGUGGUUGUUUUAGCCUUGUCGCGAAUUUCGUCAACGCGCGGAAAAUGUAGCGCGCGUGUGUGUC